AUUACUCUAUAAACUACAGCCAUGGGAUCAAGGCUCUAUCCCGCUGGCAUCCUCAUCCUCCAUUGCCUGCUGAUGCUCCUCGUCCAUGUGGACGGCAAAGCUAACCAGAACCACUCGGAGAAUGACAGACAGCGUCACCUACGACCACACAAUCUGCACAGACCUCCAUACGAGGGUUACGAUUGGCACAAGCACUAUAGCCGAGAUACGGAACCAAAGGCGGCAGCUCCAAAUGAAAAGGAGCCUCCCAAACCCAGAUCGGGUCAUUUGAAACAGAAGGAACGAGCAGCUAAGGGUAGUUCGCACUGGAUGAGGGUUCAUAGCGUCUACCAGAAAGAAAAGGCAGAGCUGGAGGAAUGGGCUCGACUGAAGAAUGUAACUGAUCAGGAACUGAAGAUAUUCUUUGACGGGGAAAUUUCUACUACAGACAAGUAUAAAUUAUUUCAGAACAUUCUAACCGUUGUUAAGAUCCUGAAAGCGGUGAAAAAAAAGGGAUCUGUAACCGAAAAUGAGAAAACAAUGCUAACUCCGGAACUGAAACCAUUGAUUUUAAAAUUCGGCCGCAUGUUUGAAAAGGAAAUUAUCAAAAACUCCAAGACCUUCCAAGCCUUGAAGAUGGUUGUAGAGGAGGUUAAAAAAAAGGACAACAAACAUAAAAGAUCCCAAAAUCGUCAUCACUAAGUGGCAAAUAAAUUGGCUAUGCCUGCUUCAUUUUUCAGUCCUAAACUAGCAGCUAUAACGUAAAGUUUGUAAUUAACAUACAACAUGGUCUAUUAAUAAAUCGAUCUUUAAGGCUGCACCUGAAGGUUGGUUUCCUUACAGAAA